GAGAAAACUGCAAAACUCUACCGCAUUCAAAAGAAUGUAUAGCGUUACCCGCUUACUACACUGAAGAAAUUUAACAAGAAAAUUCUAGUCAGGUAAGAUAGGACAAGAUCGUAGUCAUGCUUGUAAUUAUAGAAUGUUGAAAAAAGCAUCUAUCUAAUGUACUGCCGACAACGAGUAGGGGAUGGGUCCCCUUUCUAUCUAGGCAUAACGCAUGCGCGCAGACUCCGGGACAACCUUCUACUUCGUAACUUGCCAGUAAGCCCUUUGUAUCGACAAGAAUCAUGCUUUCCUGGUUACACCAGCUGAUAUUUGAAAAAGACGGCUAACUUUAUUGCGAUAGGUGACAAUUCUGAUUAUGUAUCAGUUACCCGUUGGAUCGGCUCGUUCUAGCUGUCCAGUCAUUGAGUGGCUUUAAUACCUCAAUGAUACCCAUAAUAUAUCGUGCACAGACAUAGCUGUAACAUCUUUAAAAUCAUCUGUUGGGUAACACAUGUGCAUGUUUUAUAUUUGAUGACGAUCAAGUGUUAAGUAUGAUGAAUAAAACUGGUAUUUUAUUUUCCUGUAUAACAUCACGUUUAAGUGAAAUUGAAAAUUUUCCCUACAUAUUAUUAUAGCAUGGGCCCGUUAACCAAAAAUUCAGGGAGCAGAGCACGCUCUGUUCCGGUACGCUUCAAAUACCUGUUUCUGCUGGCAACAAUAUGUGGCAGUUGCUUUCUUAUACUUUCCAUCAGCAACAAUACUACAAUGUUCUUUCCCAAUAGCGACAACCUCAUCACAUCCUCGUCCUUUGACGUACAUCGUGUUAACGCAGGCCAUUCAGACAAAUCUUACACCAUCAAAACAGAGGGCUGUACUAUUCCCGGCUUAAAACCCUUUCACGAAAGUAUUAGAAAAUUUAUUAGACAACCUGAACCUAAUACUUGCCCUAAUGCAAAUACUUCGUUGCUAGAAAACAACAAUACACAUAUCUGGAUCAAAGAAGAAAACUUACAUUUUUAUAAUAUGGCUAGAGAUUUUAAUAUUUCUUGCUGCUAUCAAACUUUUUACCGACCAACGGCAGUCGCGGAUAUCACAGCUAUGAAUGUCGACGAUAGAGUACAAUACGAACCCUGUAUUAACUUUACCAGUUAUAUUGAAGUUAUGAAUGAAUUCGUUAAAGUAUCUUGCGGUUAUGAUUAUAAAACACUGUACGUACAUUUUUUUCUAUUUGCACCUAAAAAACCUAUGCUUACAUAUGAUGAGGAGUCAUUUGAAAUGCCGUUAAAUCAAACGGCCUAUAACGUCAUAGUGAUGGGAUUAGAUGCAAUUUCCCGGUUAAAUUUUCACAGAACUAUGCCCAAAACAUUGGCCUUUCUAAAAAAGAAAGGUGCCAUAGAAUUGUUAGGAUAUAACAAAGUCGGCGACAAUACAUUUCCUAACUUAACUCCUAUGUUACUUGGCAUCAGAGAAAAGGACCUAAAAAAGACUUGCUGGCCUCAUAUAAGAUCUACUUUUGACAAUUGUCCUUUUAUUUGGGAGUUUUACAAAGAUGCUGGAUAUUAUACGGCCCUUGGUGAAGACAGUGCCAAAUUGGGAACAUUUAAUUUUGGAAAAUUUGGUUUUAUAGGAACUCCAACUGACUACUAUAUACAUACUUUUAUGCACGAGGCUGAAACUCACAUUGGCAACAAAAAAGAUUACAAUACUUUCAUUUGCAUGGGAAACCAACACUUCUAUAAAGUUCUUUUGGAUUACAUUGAAGCAUUGACGACGACAUUGAAAUCAUCCAAGUUAUUUGGAUUUUUUUGGGAAGUUACCUUGAGCCAUGACUACUUAAAUUAUCCAAUGUUAAUGGAUAGUAGUUAUGAAAAGUUUUUAAAAAAUCUUGACGAAUCUCAAUAUCUAGAUGAUACUAUUUUAAUUCUACUUAGUGAUCAUGGUAUAAGAUGGGGUGAUAUUCGAUAUACUAAACAAGGAAGGUUAGAAGAAAGACUGCCCUUUGUUCAUAUACUUGUCCCACCAACAUUUGAAGAGAAUUAUAAUCGGGCUUAUAACAACCUAAGACUGAAUAGUCGACGGCUUACAACCCCUUUUGAUAUACAUGCAACUCUUUCUGAUUUGAUAAAUUUGGACUCGUUGACAGAUGAAAAGAUCACAUCAAGAAGCGAAAUGCCUUACGCUCAUGAUAGAAGUAUAAGUUUAUUCUUACCCUUGCCCAAGAACCGAACCUGUAAGAUAGCUGGCAUAGACGAUCAUUGGUGUACAUGUCAUAAAAGCAAUAAACUUACGACUGAUAGCGCUGAAGCGCAAGAGGCAGCAGCACAAUUGGUAAGGAGUUUAAAUUUGAUGAUGCAUGAAUAUCCUCAAUGCUCCCGUCUUACCCUAGCUGAAGUAAUAGAGACAACAGAAAUGAUAGUGGGUACACCUCCAGAGAAUGAAGACGGCUGGAGAGAAAUAAUGAUAGUUGUACGUACUGCUCCCGGUGGAGGAGUUUUUGAAGCAACAUUGCAGCACGACAGUCGCCAGUGGACACUGGUAGGUACCGUCAGUCGUCUCAACUUAUAUGGCGAUCAGAGUCGCUGUGUACACCAUUACCAGCUAAAGCUGUAUUGUUACUGUUAUUGAGUCAAAACUGUAAUUAAGGAUAACUAAAAAGCUGUGAUAUUAUAAAGUACGAUCAAGUUGUUUAAUUCGUAGAUAAACAUGUAAAACGUAUGAAAUUAGAAUGUACAUAUCAGUUGCUCAAAAUAUGAUUAAUACCGGCCUAAUUUAUAUUCUGUGUAGUCAUUACCUUAUGUAAGUAAUAUAUAUAUAGGAGAUUUCAAUUAAUAAAUAAAUAACUUGCAUUUAAUAAGUAGAAAAAAGUAAAUAAAAAAUGUAAUAUUUUUUGUAUUAGAAAAAGUGCCAAGUAAUAAUCAACGAUAGGUGUGCAUCAAAAAUUUAAUUGGUGUUUGCAGUGAUUCCAUUUAAAUAGAAGAAAUGUAUAAGAAUAGCUAUAGAAUAGAACAUUGUUAUACUUUAUUUACCAUAGUAGUAAGUUACUAGCAAUAUAACUAUUAUUCACAAA